AUGACACUUCUUCUAUUGGUCGUGUUGUUGGUUCAGGUCAUCUUUUCCACAACGACCCAUCCACACCAUCGCUCACCAACCCAUUCUGCCUCCUCCUCAACGACGCUGAAUACUCGAAUUCUUUCCCAAAGACGACACAAUUCCAAUCAUCAUAAUAUCCAUCUUGUUCAUCCAAUUAAUGAUGAGGAAGAUGAUGAUUUUAUGGAUCUACUCUCUGAUUUCUCUAAUUAUAAGGAUGCAUAUUCCAAGAUUGAAAAAGUACUUUCUAUUCACAACAAGCAUUACAGCAAUGAUCAAUUGACUUUAUUGAAUCGUCAAAGGAGUAGUACUAGUACUGGUAGUAAUAGUGGUGGUGGUGGUGGUCAAAGUGCAACAAAUCAUUAUAACACUCCUCCUCAACAACAACAAACCUCUGAACCACCUCUCUUCACCACUUUGGAAGAAGAAUCCGAUCAUGAUGCUACUACUACGAUUACAACUUCUUUUGAAAUUCCACAACAAUUUAUUCUCAAAUUCAAAGAAUCUGUGAAAUUGACUGAAAAGUUGAAACAAGAAUUUGAAAAGAGUACUUCCAUUCAAUUACUUCAAUACAUUCCAGAUCAUAGUUAUUUAAUCCAUGUCACACCUUCUCAAUUGAAUUCAUUAUUGAUACCCUCUCAACAACAAUCAAAACCACAACAAAUACUCUCAAAGAGUUCACCCAUUAUGGUUUCUCCAAAUCAUCAAAAUGUUCAACAAUUAGAUGUCUCUAAUAUCAUUUCAAAGAUCAUUCCACUCUCUCCAUCAUUGAAAAUUAAUCCAACUUUGAAACAUGAAAUGGAAAAUGAAAGAAUCAUUACCACACCGAUUGGUGGCAGUAGUAGUACUGUUUCUGGUGGCACAUUGAUUCACAUUGCCUCUUCUCUUGUACCAAAUCCAUUCUUGACCUCUCAAGACAUUCGUGACAUUGCUCAACAAAUUCGACAAGUCUGUGAAAGACAAUAUCACAUGAAUGUUCGAUUUGUGAGAUUAAUAUCCAAUCGUAAAAUCAUGUUGAGUGUACAAUUGUGUUCUCGUUCUGAAUUGAAUACUUUGAUUGAUGUCUUGUCUCAUCAUCCAGCUGUGAAUUGGAUUGAAAGAUUUGAUAUGGAACGUGAUGGAUUCAUGCCAGAGAAUUAUCAUGCUCGUUUAUUAAUUCAAGGUGGUAAGAAAUGGAUGAAGAGAGGUGGUAGUAGUAGUCCAAGUGAUCUAGUUACAAUGACUCGUCCGAUUGGUGAUACUUCUCCUACUGCUCAUCGUCCAUCAUCAUCUUCAUCAUCAUUACUUGGUCCAUUCGAAGCUGUGGGAUUGACUGGAAAGAAUCAAACGGUGGCCAUCUCGGAUUCAGGUCUCGAUUUUGAUCAUUGUUUCUUUUAUGAUCCUCAGGUUCAAGUGCCAAUCCUUCACUCGAGUCAGACCAUCAUCAUCGGCACGACUAAUAAGCAACAAGAACAAGAUUCUUCUCUGACAGCUACUACUACGACUACGACUGGCAACCACCCUAACCGCCACAACGACGACUUGGAUGUUCUGAUUCAAAAAUUACAAUCUACGACCGUUACAACGACAACAACCACUUCUCAACAAAAAGAACACCGCAAAAUCAAAGCCUAUGUUGCCUUUAUGGAUUCUAAAGAUGGUGGUCAUGGCCAUGGCUCUCAUACUUCAGGAAUUCUCACUGGACAAUGUCUCUAUCCAAAGAGUACCAUUUGUAGACACAAUGGACUUGCACAAGAUGCUAAACUUGUCUUUUUUUGA